AUGCUGGAGCUUCUGAAGUAUGAGUUGACCAGCACAUCCCAGCUCCUCGCCACUGAAGUUGAUGACCUCAUACGCACUGACCGUACUGCAUGUCUACUGGAGAGCAGGCGGAAGAAAGACGAACAUCUCCUAGCGGAGGCCAUCGUAAAGUUCCGCCAGCAGUUCCAGCAGCCCAGCAGUAGGCGCGAGUUCGACCUGAAUGACCCUGAAGUGCUGAAGAAACAGGACGGGGUGCGUAUUCUGCCGGGGUUGACAGGCGAGGACCUGAACAUUGGAGACAGAACACGGAGACAGCGGGAGCAGCUGAGAGACUGGACCUUACAGCAGCAACAGGAGCUGGACCAGGCCAAGGAGCUGCGAAGACUGCAAGCUCAGCAGUAUGAUCAAAGUAGAGUAGCCCUGGAUAACCGAGCCCUCAAGCUGCAGAAGAUGGAGGAAGAGCACAAGAGAGCCACCAACAUCGCCAUCAAGGACUUUAACCGAGCUCUGGCAGUCAAAUUGCAGGAACGGAAAGAAAGAGAGCGUCGUCAGGAAGAGGAGAACAACCGAACUGAUAUCCUGAACCAUCUGCAGGGGGAGCUGCUGAGUGAGAACACACAGCGGAGUGCCAGAGUGCGCAGGGACUGCUACAAGGGCAUGACACCCGAGCAGAUCCGAGAAUUCACCAUCUGUCAGCAGCAGCAAGCUGAGGAGAAGAAGCAUGUUCGCUUGAAGCAGAGGUAUGAGCAGCUAAAGGAGGACCGUCUGCACAUGGCCUCAGCUCGGACUGCACUGCUGCAGGAGAGACAGCAGGCGAGAAUAAACAAGGAGCUGCGCAGGGCUGUGGAUGAAACUAAUAAAGAACUGGCCCAGGUUCAGCAUGAACAGAGGAAGAAGGAGGUUUACACCAACGUCCCUGAUGAGAGCUACUUCUCCCAGUUCAAUAAGUGCAGCAGAUAGAAAUCUCUAAAUACCAUU